AUGGUAGGUCAAGAUCCACUCAUUACAGCUACAACUGCAGCAACAACUGUUUUCGUUUCGACAAAACCAAAUCAAACCACUUCAAGUGGACCCAGGAUUGAAUCCAGUUUUACAUCUACAACACUAUCAUCAUUUACCACAACAAAUGUUAAUGAAACAACCACCAAUAAUGCAGCUACUACCAUAACAGCUACCAUAACACCACAAUCAACAGUGUCUUCAUUUGUAUCAACUGCUCCAUCUUCAACUGCAAGUGAAAGUUCAACUGUUAGUACAGCACCAACGUCUACAACAACAUCCUCAACAACCACAACAAAUGUUGCUGGAACAACCACCACAAAUGCUGCUAAUACCAUAACAGCACCACAAUCAACAGUGUCUACCUUUGCAUCAACUGCUCCAUCUUCAACUGCAACUGAAGGUUCAACUGUUAGUACAACAGAAACAUCUACAACACUAUCCUCAACAACCACAACAAAUGUUACUGGAACAACCACCACAAAUGCAGCUAAUACCAUAACAGCACCACAAUCAACAGUUUCUACCUUUGCAUCAACUGCUCCAUCUUCAACUGCAACUGAAGGUUCAACUGUUAGUACAGCAUCAACAUCUACAACACCAGCCUCAACAAUCACAACAAAUGUUACUGAAACAACCACCACAAAUGCAACUAAUGCCAUAACAGCACCACAAUCAACAGUGUCUUCCUUUGCAUCAACUGCUCCAUCUUCAACUGCAACUGAAGGUUCAACUGUUAGCACAGCAGCAACAUCUACAACACCAUCCUCAACAACCACAACAAAUAUUACUAAAAGAACCACCACAAAUGGAGCUAAUACAAUAACAACACCACAAUCAACAGUGUCUACCUUUGCAUCAACUGCUCCAUCUUCAACUGCAACUGAAGGUUCAACUGUUAGCACAGCAGCAACAUCUACAACAACAUCGUCAACAACUACAACAAAUGUUACUGAAACAACCACCACAAAUGCAGCUAAUACCAUAACAGCAUCACAAUCAACAGUGUCUACCUUUGCAUCAACUGCUCCAUCUUCAACUGCAACUGAAGGUUCAACUGUUAGCACAGCAGCAACAUCUACAACAGCAUCCUCAACAACCACAACAAAUGUUACUGAAACAACCACCACAAAUGCAACUAAUACCAUAACAGCACCACAAUCAACAGUGUCUUUCUUUGCAUCAACUGGUCCAUCUUCAACUGCAACUGAAAGUUCAACUGUUAGUACAGCAUCAACAUCUACAACACCAUCCUCAACAACCACAACAAAUGUUACAUUAACAACCACCACUAAUGCAGCUAAUACCAUAACAGCACCACAAUCAACAGUGUCUUUCUUUGCAUCAACUGCUCCAUCUUCAACUGCAACUGAAAGUUUAAAUGUUAGUACAACAGAAACAUCUACAACACAAUCCUCAACAACCACAACAAAUGUUACUGAAACAACCACCACAAAUGCAACUAAUACCAUAACAGCUCCACAAUCAACAGUGUCUAGCUCUGCAUCAACUGCUCCAUCUUCAACUGCAACUGAAAGUUCAACUGUUAAUACAGCACCAACAUCUACAACACCAUCCUCAUCAACCACAACAAAUGUUACUGAAACAACCACCACUAAUACGGCUAAUACCAUAACAGCACCACAAUCAACUGUGUCUACCUUUGCAUCAACUGCUCCAUCUUCAACUGCAACUGAAAGUUCAACUGUUAGUACAGCACCAACAUCUACAACACCAUCCUCAACAACCACAACAAAUGUUACUGAAACAACCACCACAAAUGCAACUAAUACCAUAACAGCUCCACAAUCAACAGUGUCUACCUUUGUAUCAACUGCUCCAUCUUCAACUGCAACUAAAAGUUCAACUAUUAGUACAGCACCAACAUCUACAACACCAUCCUCAACUACAACAACAAAUGUUACUGAAACAACCACCACUAAUGCAGCUAAUACGAUAACAACACCACAAUCAACAGUGCCUACCUUUGCAUCAACUGCUCUUUCUUCAACUGCAACUGUAACACCAUCCUUAAUCACCACAACAAAUGUGGCUGAAGCAUCCACCACAAAUGGAACUGAUAUCACAACAUCCCCACAAUUAACAGUCUCUACUGUUCCUUCAGCCACUUCAUAUUCAUCUGCCUUUAAAAGCACGACUGGUAACACAGCUGGACCAUUCACCACACUGAUAACUGCAAACACAUCAGGUCCCUUAACAGCCAGAUCAAGCCAUAGCACCACUGCCACAAUUACUGUGACACUCCCACAAACAAAACCAACAACUCAGAAAUCUGCCACUUCCUCCUCAACUUCAAUUCUUAUUGCAGGCGCAACAUCCAAAACAACAACAACAACAUCCACCCCAACUAAAGCGACUACAACUACUACUGCACCACCAGCUCAGGUGUUGACGUCUCUGGUGUUUAGCUCGAAUGAAACGUUUACAAAUGACCUCUCCAAUUCAAGCUCUGAUGGCUUCAAGGAGAGAGCUAAGCUUGUAAUAGACAUGCUUGAACCAAUCUACAGAAGAAAGUAUCCUGCCUUGAUCAGUUUGACUGUCUUGAGCUUUAGGUCUGGAUCAAUAAUCACUUCAAUACAAUUAGCUUUCAACUACACACAACAGUACCCAACCAAUCAAGAAGUCAAAAACGAUCUAGUAAAUGCAGCGGAAACAGGAGAAGCCAGUGUGCUGAAAAUAAUUCCUAACUCAAUCACAGUCAGUUCAGUUACAGCUACAACUGCAGCAACAACUGUUUUCGUUCAGACAAAACCAAAUCAAACCACUUCAAGUGGACCCAGGAUUGAAUCCAGUUUUACAUCUACAACACUAUCAUCAUUUACCACAACAAAUGUUAAUGAAACAACCACCAAUAAUGCAGCUACUACCAUAACAGCUACCAUAACACCACAAUCAACAGUGUCUUCAUUUGUAUCAACUGCUCCAUCUUCAACUGCAAGUGAAAGUUCAACUGUUAGUACAGCACCAACGUCUACAACAACAUCCUCAACAACCACAACAAAUGUUACUGAAACAACCACUACAAAUGCAACUAAUACCAUAACAGCACCACAAUCAACAGUGUCUAGCUUUGCAUCAACUGCUCCAUCUUCAACUGCAACUGAAGGUUCAACUGUUAGCACAGCACCAACAUCUACAACAACAUCGUCAACAACCACAACAAAUGUUACUGAAACAACCACCACAAAUGCAACUAAUAGCAUAACAGCACCACAAUCAACAGUGUCUAUCUUUGCAUCAACUGCUCCAUCUUCAACUGCAACUGAUAUUUCAACUGUUAGUACAGCACCAACAUCUACAACACCAUUCUCAACAACCACAACAAAUGUUACUGAAACAACCACCACAAAUGCAACUAAUACCAUAACAGCACCACAAUCAACAGUGUCUAGCUUUACAUCAACUGCUCCAUCUUCAACUGCAACUGAAAGUUCAACUGUUAGUACAACACCAACAUCUACAACACCAGCCUCAACAAUCACAACAAAUGUUACUGAAACAACCACAACAAAUGUUACUGAAACAACCACCACUAAUGCAACUAAUACCAUAACAGCACCACAAUCAACAGUGUCUAGCUCUGCAUCAACUGCUCCAUCUUCAAGUUCAACUGUUAGUACAACAGAAACAUCUACAACAACAUCGUCAACAACCACAACAAAUGUUACUGAAACAACCACCACUAAUGCAACUAAUACAAUAACAACACCACAAUCAACAGUGUCUAUCUUUGCAUCAACUGCUCCAUCUUCAACUGCAACUGAUAUUUCAACUGUUAGUACAGCACCAACAUCUACAACACCAUUCUCAACAACCACAACAAAUGUUACUGAAACAACCACCACAAAUGCAACUAAUACCAUAACAGCUCCACAAUCAACAGUGUCUAGCUUUACAUCAACUGCUCCAUCUUCAACUGCAACUGAAAGUUCAACUGUUAGUACAACACCAACAUCUACAACACCAGCCUCAACAAUCACAACAAAUGUUAUUGAAACAACCACCACAAAUGCAACUAAUACAAUAACAGCACCACAAUCAACAGUGUCUAUCUUUGCAUCAACUGCUCCAUCUUCAACUGCAACUGAAAGUUCAACUGUUAGUACAACACCAACAUCUACAACACCAGCCUCAACAAUCACAACAAAUGUUAUUGAAACAACCACCACAAAUGCAGCUAAUACGAUAACAGCACCACAAUCAACAGUGUCUAGCUUUACAUCAACUGCUCCAUCUUCAACUGCAACUGAUAUUUCAACUGUUAGUACAGCACCAACAUCUACAACACCAGCCUCAACAACCACAACAAAUGUUACAGAAACAACCACCACUAAUGCAGCUAAUACCAUAACAGCACCACAAUCAACAGUGUCUUCCUUUGCAUCAACUGCUCCAUUUUCAACUGCAACUGAAAGUUCAACUGUUAGUACAGCACCAACAUCUACAACACCAUCCUCAACAACCACAACAAAUGUUACUGAAACAACCACCACAAAUGCAACUAAUACCAUAACAGCACCACAAUCAACAGUGUCUUUCUUUGCAUCAACUGGUCCAUCGUCAACUGCAACUGAAAGUUCAACUGUUAGUACAGCAUCAACAUCUACAACACCAUCCUCAACAACCACAACAAAUGUUACAGAAACAACCACCACUAAUGCAGCUAAUACCAUAACAGCACCACAAUCAACAGUGUCUAGCUUUACAUCAACUGCUCCCUUUUCAACUGCAACUGAAAGUUCAACUGUUAGUACAGCAUCAACAUCUACAACACCAUCCUCAACAACCACAACAAAUGUUACAGAAACAACCACCACUAAUGCAGCUAAUACCAUAACAGCACCACAAUCAACAGUGUCUAGCUCUGCAUCAACUGCUCCAUUUUCAACUGCAACUGAAAGUUCAACUGUUAGUACAGCACCAACAUCUACAACAGCAUCCUCAACAACCACAACAAAUGUUACUGAAACAACCACCACAAAUGCAACUAAUACCAUAACAGAACCACAAUCAACAGUGUCUUCCUUUGCAUCAACUGCUCCAUUUUCAACUGCAACUGAAAGUUCAACUGUUAGUACAACAGAAACAUCUACAACAACAUUGUCAACAACCACAACAAAUGUUACUGAAACAACCACCACAAAUGCAACUAAUACCAUAACAACACCACAAUCAACAGUGUCUAGCUCUGCAUCAACUGCUCCAUCUUCAACUGCAACUGAAAGUUCAACUGUUAGUACAACACCAACAUCUACAACACCAGCCUCAACAAUCACAACAAAUGUUAUUGAAACAACCACCACAAAUGCAGCUAAUACGAUAACAGCACCACAAUCAACAGUGUCUAGCUUUACAUCAACUGCUCCAUCUUCAACUGCAACUGAUAUUUCAACUGUUAGUACAGCACCAACAUCUACAACACCAGCCUCAACAACCACAACAAAUGUUACUGAAAGAACCACCACAAAUGCAGCUAAUACAAUAACAACACCACAAUCAACAGUGUCUAUCUUUGCAUCAACUGCUCCAUCUUCAACUGCAACUGAAAGUUCAACUGUUAGUACAGCACCAACAUCUACAACACCAUCCUCAACAACCACAACAAUUGUUGCAGAAAUAACCACCACUAAUGCAGCUAAUACCAUAACAGCAACACAAUCAACAGUGUCUAGCUCUGCAUCAACUGCUCCAUUUUCAACUGCAACUGAAAGUUCAACUGUUAGUACAGCACCAACAUCUACAACACCAUCCUCAACAACCACAACAAAUGUUAAUGAAACAACCACCACAAAUGCAACUAAUACCAUAACAGCACCACAAUCAACAGUGUCUUUAUUUGCAUCAACUGGUCCAUCAUCAACUGCAACUGAAAGUUCAACUGUUAGUACAGCAUCAACAUCUACAACACCAUCCUCAACAACCACAACAAAUGUUACAGAAACAACCACCACUAAUGCAGCUAAUACCAUAACAGCACCACAAUCAACAGUGUCUAGCUCUACAUCAACUGCUCCAUUUUCAACUGCAACUGAAAGUUCAACUGUUAGUACAGGAUCAACAUCUACAACACCAACCUCAACAACCACAACAAAUGUUACAGAAACAACCACCGCUAAUGCAGCUAAUACCAUAACAGCACCACAAUCAACAGUGUCUAUCUCUGCAUCAACUGCUCCAUCUUCAACUGCAACUUAUAUUUCAACUAUUAGUACAGCACCAACAUCUACAACACCAUCCUCAACAACCACAACAAAUGUUACUGAAACAACCACCACAAAUGCAACUAAUACCAUAACAGCACCACAAUCAACAGUGUCUUUCUUUGCAUCAACUGGUCCAUCGUCAACUGCAACUGAAAGUUCAACUGUUAGUACAGCAUCAACAUCUACAACACCAUCCUCAACAACCACAACAAAUGUUACAGAAACAACCACCACUAAUGCAGCUAAUACCAUAACAGCACCACAAUCAACAGUGUCUUCCUUUGCAUCAACUGCUCCAUUUUCAACUGCAACUGAAAGUUCAACUGUUAGUACAGCACCAACAUCUACAACACCAUCCUCAACAACCACAACAAAUGUUACUGAAACAACCACCACAAAUGCAACUAAUACCAUAACAGCACCACAAUCAACAGUGUCUUUCUUUGCAUCAACUGGUCCAUCGUCAACUGCAACUGAAAGUUCAACUGUUAGUACAGCAUCAACAUCUACAACACCAUCCUCAACAACCACAACAAAUGUUACAGAAACAACCACCACUAAUGCAGCUAAUACCAUAACAGCACCACAAUCAACAGUGUCUAGCUCUACAUCAACUGCUCCAUUUUCAACUGCAACUGAAAGUUCAACUGUUAGUACAGCAUCAACAUCUACAACACCAGCCUCAACAACCACAACAAAUGUUACAGAAACAACCACCACUAAUGCAGCUAAUACCAUAACAGCACCACAAUCAACAGUGUCUUCCUUUGCAUCAACUGCUCCAUUUUCAACUGCAACUGAAAGUUCAACUGUUAGUACAGCACCAACAUCUACAACACCAUCCUCAACAACCACAACAAAUGUUACUGAAACAACCACCACAAAUGCAACUAAUACCAUGACAGCACCACAAUCAACAGUGUCUACUUUUGCAUCAACUGCUCCAUUUUCAACUGCAACUGAUUCUUCAACUGUUAGUACAACAGAAACAUCUACAACAACAUUGUCAACAACCACAACAAAUGUUACUGAAACAACCACCACGAAUGCAACUAAUACCAUAACAACACCACAAUCAACAGUGUCUAGCUCUGCAUCAACUCCUCCAUCUUCAACUGCAACUGAAAGUUCAACUGUUAGUACAACACCAACAUCUACAACACCAGCCUCAACAAUCACAACAAAUGUUAUUGAAACAACCACCACUAAUGCAGCUAAUACCAUAACAGCAACACAAUCAACAGUGUCUAGCUCUGCAUCAACUGCUCCAUUUUCAACUGCAACUGAAAGUUCAACUGUUAGUACAGCACCAACAUCUACAACACCAUCCUCAACAACCACAACAAAUGUUACUGAAACAACCACCACAAAUGCAACUAAUACCAUAACAGCACCACAAUCAACAGUGUCUACCUUUGCAUCAACUGCUCCAUUUUCAACUGCAACUGAAAGUUCAACUGUUAGUACAACACCAACAUCUACAACACCAGCCUCAACAAUCACAACAAAUGUUAUUGAAACAACCACCACAAAUGCAGCUAAUACGAUAACAGCACCACAAUCAACAGUGUCUAGCUUUACAUCAACUGCUCCAUCUUCAACUGCAACUGAAAGUUCAACUGUUAGUACAGCACCAACAUCUACAACACCAUCCUCAUCAACCACAACAAUUGUUGCAGAAAUAACCACCACUAAUGCAGCUAAUACCAUGACAGCACCACAAUCAACAGUGUCUACCUUUGCAUCAACUGCUCCAUUUUCAACUGCAACUGAAAGUUCAACUGUUAGUACAGCACCAACAUCUACAACAGCAUCCUCAACAACCACAACAAAUGUUACUGAAACAACCACCACAAAUGCAACUAAUACAAUAACAGCACCACAAUCAACAGUGUCUACCUUUGCAUCAACUGCUCCAUUUUCAACUGCAACUGAUUCUUCAACUGUUAGUACAACAGAAACAUCUACAACAACAUUGUCAACAACCACAACAAAUGUUACUGAAACAACCACCACUAAUGCAACUAAUACCAUAACAACACCACAAUCAACAGUGUCUAGCUCUGCAUCAACUGCUCCAUCUUCAACUGCAACUGAUUCUUCAAUUGUUAGUACAACAGAAACAUCUACAACAACAUUGUCAACAACCACAACAAAUGUUACUGAAACAACCACCACUAAUGCAACUAAUACCAUAACAACACCACAAUCAACAGUGUCUAGCUCUGCAUCAACUGCUCCAUCUUCAACUGCAACUGAUUCUUCAACUGUUAGUACAGCACCAACAUCUACAACAGCAUCCUCAACAACCACAACAAAUGUUAUUGAAACAACCACCACAAAUGCAGCUAAUACGAUAACAGAACCACAAUCAACAGUGUCUUUCUUUGCAUCAACUGGUCCAUCUUCAACUGCAACUGAAAGUUCAACUGUUAGUACAGCAUCAACAUCUACAACACCAUCCUCAACAACCACAACAAAUGUUACUGAAACAACCACCAUUAAUGCAGCUAAUACGAUAACAACACCACAAUCAACAGUGCCUACCUUUGCAUCAACUGCUCUUUCUUCAACUGCAACUGUAACACCAUCUUUAAUUACCACAACAAAUGUGGCUGAAGCAUCCACCACAAAUGGAACUGAUAUCACAACAUCCCCACAAUUAACAGUCUCUACUGUUCCUUCAGCCACUUCAUAUUCAUCUGCCUUUAAAAGCACGACUGGUAACACAGCUGGACCAUUCACCACACUGAUAACUGCAAACACAUCAGGUCCCUUAACAGCCAGAUCAAGCCAUAGCACCACUGCCACAAUUACUGUGACACUCCCACAAACAAAACCAACAACUCAGAAAUCAGCCACUUCCUCCUCAACUUCAAUUCUUAUUGCAGGCGCAACAUCCAAAACAACAACAACAACAUCCACCCCAACUAAAGCGACUACAACUACUACUGCACCACCAGCUCAGGUGUUGACGUCUCUGGUGUUUAGCUCGAAUGAAACGUUUACAAAUGACCUCUCCAAUUCAAGCUCUGAUGGCUUCAAGGAAAGAGCUAAGCUUGUAAUAGACAUGGUAGGUCAAGAUCCACUCAGUUCAAAAAGGAGACAGUGA